AUGCUCGACAAAACAACUGAUGUCAGUGUCAACGAACAAUUAACUUUAAAUUGCAGAUAUAUAACACCAGAUGGCAAUUUAACAGUCAAGUUCUUGAAAAUGAUUGAACCCCUGAAGCCCGAUGACGACAACAAUCAGAGAGUAACACUCGGAGCUGAAACAAUAACACGACACAUUACAGCGUACUUGGAAGAGAAGGGACUAGAUUAUAAAAGGCUUGUUGGUAUUGGAACAGACGGUGCAGCCGUGAUGAUGGGAAAGCGAUCCAGUGUGGUAAAACGGCUACAAGAGUUAGCAACGAAAGCGAUUGGAAUUCAUUGUUGUGCCCACAGGCUACAAUUGGCAUCGUCACAGGCAACGAACGCAGUCCCCUACGUCAAACGGUUUACUUCGAUUUUGCGACAGUUUUAUGACUUUUUCAACAACAGUCUAGUUCGUAUGGCAGGGCUUCACGCAAUUCAAACUGCGUUGCAUGAAAAAGAAUUAAAGCCAGUGGAGCCAUCAUCGACAAGGUGGCUGAGUAUUGAGAUGAGCGUGACCAGACUAAAAAACACAUUUAUUAGCGUGUUAUUAAGCUUGGACAGAGAAGGUGAAGAACGGGGUGAAGCUAAGGCCGUUGGUUUGAAAAACUUGAUGAUGUCGUGGAGGUUUGUUGCUACAAUGUUACUACUCUGCGACUUGCUCCCAAAUGUCAACAAGCUGUCACGAGCCUUCCAAGAUAGCGAGUUUGAACUCAGUGCAAUGAAGCCAUUGAUCGCAUCGACUGUGUCAACGAUAUCGGCCAUGGAGUCCAGUGAUGGUGAAAAUUUGGAACAGCUACCAGUAUUUAUUAACAAGCUUUGA